CCGGCCAUCAAGGUCAAACAAAGAAACCAUCCCAUCAACGCUCCCGGUUGAUUGAUUGAUUACUGGGGGCUGACAUGGAAGUGUGUACUGCUCACCUAGGGGAAUCCCACAGACCUGGAUGAGGUAGAAACUUUAUCGUUUUCUAUACUCUUGUUUGAGGUGGAUUCUGUGGGUUUGCAAACAACGAUGUAGGUUCUCAGUCAUCCGUACAGUCAGGUCGCCCUUUACCAAAAGAGACCCUUCGAUCGCCUCGCUCAGUAGACAGUGGCAAUCUCGAGCUUGAUCUCAGUUGCAGAGCAGCAACACCAUCUCCGUUGAGAUGCAGUGUGUCUUUCUCGUCGAAACAACCGACCGAAAACAUUUUCAGCACACGAACAAGGGACGCCGUAAUUCCGGUGAUUAAGGCUGCCGCUAGGUCGGAUCUGCUCAACUUGUUCAGCUCACUCUUUUUCGUCUUUUUUGGUCUCAUUGUCGCUUUUUUAUGGGUUUACUUUCUCUCUCCCGAUUUCGUACCACCAAAAAUGGACAUCUUCUUUCUUUUUGACUUCUGUUAUUGUCCGGUCUUGGUAUACAGACACACGCAAGUUGCCGAAGUCGUGUCGAACGAGAAUUAGUUUCCGACUGCCAAGCAAUUCAAAUCAAUUUGGCUUUUUGUUUCCCCCUGAUUUACUCUUACCUGGUUCGCUGGCCUAUUUGAGUCAGCCUCAUUUCCAUGCCCGCCAACAAAUUCUCGUUGAAACCCAAUAUGGGCAGCUUCAGACGGUGAACUGUCCCAGUUUGCUGGCGCGGGUACCGUCGCAAAUUCCCCGGUCGCUCGAGACCGCCAUGACCCGGUAGCUUUUUAGCAAUACCCUGUACCUGUACCCGCAUGUCUUUGAAUUUUAUUGGGGAACAGACGCGGUAAUGCCACUUCAGGAUGGUUUGGAAACACACAGACGACCGGUCCAAGUACUAUUCAUACAAAGACCCGACAGGGCUGGAUGAUGAGAUGGGCGCUGGAGAGUCCCUCUUCCGUGAUCGUCCACUGGCGUCAUUUCCUUGCGUUUAUUUUCGGUGGCCCGUGAACACCGCAAUUUGUGCCUUCCGUUUAUUUCCUUCUUAUUUCGACCUUACCCAGGUAGCUUUUUGCCAAGCUUCUUCUUGCAUUUGUGGUUUCAUACUUCGGCACUUUUGUUCUUUUGACAGCAUCUAACACUCCGAAGGGCAGAUUGGAAAGUCGCUGAGCGGGUCUUCCAGCUGGGAAAAGAAGCCAACACGGAGAGGAACAAAGGAAGAAUGCCGACUGCCCCUUCAUUCCACCCAAGAUGGGCUUUCGGCAUAUUGAACCAUCACGAAACCAUCCAUGUACCAGGCUCUGUGGUUUUGGUCGCUAGAGAUGGCAGCGGCAGCGACUCUCAAUCGACAACAGACGUUGAAUCCAAGGCGCCAGAAACCCCCGACACUUCGGUUUCUGAAAGGGCCUUGAUUCCCAUCACGUCCGCGAAGAAGACGCACCACAGCAACAUUAUCCUUCACCCACAACCAGAAGAUUCCCCUAAUGACCCCUUGAACUGGCCGGUAUGGCGUCGAAACAUGGUGCUGUUGUCCGUUGGCCUUUUCUGCAUGAUGGGAGCCGGGCUCACGCCAGUCUUGGCCGCCGGCUUCACGGACAUAGCAAACGAGUACCAGAUCGACGUUGAUCGUGUUCCUCUCACCACAGGCAUGUACAUGCUUGGGAUGGGCAUUGGAUCCGUCUUUGUGGCUCCCACGGCGUUACUGUAUGGCAAGCGACCGGUGUAUCUAGGCGGGGCUGCACUCCUCGUCGUUACCUGCGCUUGGUGUGCGUUGUCACCCACUUUUGAGUCUUUGGUGCUGGCACGGGUGUUUCAAGGAAUUGCCGUCAGUCCCAUUGAGUGCCUUCCGGGGUCAACGAUCAGCGAGACCUUUUUCCUACACGAGAAAGCAUUCCGCCUGGGCAUUUACACGCUGCUGCUUAUGAUCGGCAAGAAUUUGUUCCCGUUGGCAAGUGCGGGUAUUAUGCAGGGUCUGGACUGGCAAUGGGUGUUCUGGAUCUCUGCUUUCCUUGCUGCCUUGAUCGGUAUUUUGAUCUUAUUUUUUGCCCCUGAAACAUUUUGGGAGCGCAGACCCGACCUUCACAACUCCAGGUACACAGAUGAGCUGCGAAGUCUGCCACGGCGGACCAUGGCGCAGGAGCUUCAACCGUACCACGGUCGACUCAUUCGGGACAGCUGGAUACAGGUGGCUUGUCGCCCUUUUACACUAUUUUCGUACCCGGCUGUUAUCUGGUCGGCGCUAGUUUACGCAUGCUCAGUGGGGUGGCUCGUCGUCAUGUCCGAGUCGGUCGAUGUCAUCUUCAUCGGCGGCGCAUACCAGUUCACUCAGCUGCAGACCGGACUGGUGUAUAUUUCGCCACUGAUUGGAGGAAUUUUGGGCACAGCCAUCGCUGGCAAGAUAUCGGAUUGGAUCGUUCCGAAGAUGGCAAGACGGAAUGGAGGCAUGUAUGAGCCCGAGUUCCGACUUGUCAUGGUUGUGCCGGCAUUCAUUGCCACUGUCACUGGCCUGGUCGGAUUCGGCUGGUCGGCAGAAUGGAACGAACACUGGAUGGUACCAACGACGUUCUUCGGCUUGGUGUCAUUUGGUUGUUCGCUAGGCGCCACCACGGCCAUCUCGUUUGUCAUGGACAGCCACGGCCAGUACAGCGUAGAGACGCUGGUGUCGCUGACCUUUUGUAAAAACGUCUUCCAUGGUAUGAUUUUCAGCUUCUUCUUCACCGACUGGCUGCUGCAGGACGGCAGUCGCUGGGUCUUCAUGUGGCUGGGCGUCAUUCACUCCAUUGUGAUGCUGAGCGGAAUUCUCAUGUACAUAUUUGGCAAGAGGGGGAGGAUGUGGGUGGCCAAGAGGGCUCGCGGCGAUGGAGUUGUUAUUCCCCGGCCCAGGGGGCACAGUUGAUACAUGAUCGUAAUGUCUUUUGUGUACACAAAGCAGAUGUAUGGGUAUACAGGUUUAUAGACCCGCGUGUUUUCUCUAAUAUGAUUUUCCUUUUCGUCGUU